UGCAAUUCUUGGUUUAAUUGGUGGAAAUUUGUUAAUAUUAAAGGCUUCGGAUAUAAAAUUUGUUAUAACUGGAACUACUUUUAAUAAUAUUACAAGUCUUUCUCUGGGAUUGUUAAAAGGUAUUGAAAAUACAAUUGCUAACUCGCUUUUAAGAUUAAAUGAAAAUGAAAGUCUGCAGGAUACUGUCAAACGAGCUAUUCCUUAUUCAAAACCUUUAUUUAUCGCUAAAAAUGCUCCUCUUAUGGUUAUUUCUCAAGCUAUUGAUUAUCUUGGUUCCGUCACCAUUCCUUUGACUCUAUUAACUCUUGGUGCUCAAUUAUAUAGUCUUCCCCGUUCCCAUAAUGAACAUAUGGUCUCUAUUAUUGCUUAUGUUUUAACUUGUCGUUUUUUAAUAAUGCCUGCUAUUG